AUGAUAGCUAGGAUCUUCGACCCGCUAGGUCUGCUCUCGCCUUCAACUUUCUAUGCGAAAACAAUCAUGCAACGUAUGUGGCUCGCACAGGUUGACUGGGAUAGUCAGAUUCCCGAGGAUAUUGUGAACGAUUGCUACGGUCUUUGCGGAUUUUGUGACGCAUCUGAAAAGGGUUAUGCUGCAGUGGUGUAUCUCCGCGUGACUGAUCCGUCCGGAGCUAUAGCUAUAUCCGUUUACCUUAUGGGUGCUAAGACAAAGCUAGCCCCAAUGAAAGCCAUGACAAUCCCACGUUUGGAAUUGAGUGUUGAGACUUGGACUCAAGAUUUCUCAUGUUUAAGUUUGGAACAUUUGCCAGAAACAAAGCCAGUUUGUUUGGUGACACGUGUAGAACCACGCGUUGAAUGGUCCCUUCGAUUUUCGUCUUUCAACCAGAUGAUCCGAAGGACAGCUCAGGUCCUUCGGUUCAUCCAGAUGUGUCGUAAGAGAAGUGUCGAGUUAGGCUUCCUAAGGCAGUCUGAAUUGAACGCAGCUCUGCAUGUUGUCGUUAAGGACGCUCAGAAUCGCUACUUAAGCGAAUUGGUAAACAAUCUGCAUAAAGGGACUACCAUUCAAUUCAAGCCUUUAGCUCACCUCUGUCCGUUCUUAGAUCCGGUUGAUCUGCUUCGCGUAGGUGGUCGUAUGCAGAACUCAAAUUGGUCAGAGCGGCGAAAGCACCCUAUCCUGAUCCCGAAAGAGUCCUACUUGGCUGUUUUGAUUGCUUGUCAUUGGCAUCUCUAUGCCUGUCAUGCUCGACCUAGAUUGCUAAUCGCUCUGAUUCAACAGCAAUUUUGGAUCAUUGGGAUCCGUCUUAUAGUCAAUCGGGUAAUUCGUAAAUGCUUGAUUAGUGCAAAGAUGUCAGCUGCUAAUCCACAACCUAUCAUGGCAGCUCUGCCAAGCUUCCGGGUUCAGGAAGCUCAUCCUUUUUCGAUGGUGGGGAUCGACUAUGCAGGGCCUUUGCAAAUGAAAGAAAUCAGUUUGCGAAAGGCGCGUAUUGUGAAAGUUUAUAUUGCAAUAUUCGUCUGUAUGACUACUAAAGCUGUGCAUUUGGAGUCCGUAACUGCUCUGUCUACGGAUGCAUUUCGAUUAACGCUAGAUCGGUUCGUUGCUCGUCGUGGUUUACCGACCAAAAUCUAUUCAGAUUGUGGCACCAAUUUCGUUGGUGCAGGUCGUCAGCUCAGACAUCUAGUUAACCACCCUGAUAAUAGAGAUCAGUUAGCGAGUCAUAUCGCGUGUGAAUGGCACUUAAAUCCUCCGGGUGCUCCCCAUUUUGGAGGAAUCUGGGAAGCGGCCGUUAAAUCCGCUAAGUCCCUGCUCUUGCGUGCCAUGUCUUCCCAAGUUUGGACGUUGGAGGAAUUCACAACAGUUUUGUGCCGGGUAGAGGCAGCAAUGAAUUCACGCCUGCUUCACCUGAUCCGAAUGACCUCGAAUGCUUGA